GGAGGGUCGGCGUCACAGGUCCUGAUAGGGAAGAAGUAGGCAGGUCCUGGCAGGGGAGAGUAGUGGUGGCGGCAGCUAGCGUACAGGUGGCUCCAGAGGGAUGGAGUCUCGAGUCUCCGACGCUCUGGCCAGCGAGUCUGAGCGCGCCUCCGGAGAGGACAGAACACGCGGCGGCGCGGCUCCUGGGCGCGCAGGCUCCUCGUCCUUAGGAGCCACCCGAUGGAAGCUCUUGCGGCAGGUGCUGAAGCAGAAACACCUGGAUGAUUGUCUGCGACAUGUAUCUGUAAGAAGAUUUGAAUCAUUCAAUCUGUUUUCAGUAACAGAUGACACGAAAAGGGAAGCCGAAGAGGAAUUUGGUGCGUGGGUCCAGUACACAAGUGUCUUCUACCCGGAACACAGUAUUUCCUUAAGGCAUAACAGUGGAUCUUUGAAUAUUGAAGAUGUUCUUACCAGCUUUGACAAUACAGGGAAUGUUUGCCAGAGCUCUAGUGACCGUGCUAGCGAUCCCCAGGGCCUGGAACAUGGCAUCUGGCCGGCCGAAGAGGUUUUGGCUUACUACUGCCUCAGGCACCGCGACGUAUUCAGGGACCUUGCUGUGUGUGAGCUAGGGGGUGGCAUGACAUGCUUGGCUGGGCUCAUGGUUGCUAUUUCUGCAGAUGUCAAAGAAGUUCUGUUAACUGAUGGGAAUGAAAAGGCCAUCAGAAAUGUGAGAGACAUCAUCGAAAGGAAUCAGAAGGCUGGAGUGUUUAAGGCUCGGAAAAUAUCAAGCUGCGUUUUACGAUGGGAUAAUGAGACAGAUGUCUCUCAACUGGAAGGACAUUUUGACAUGGUUAUGUGUGCUGACUGCCUGUUUCUGGACCAGUUCAGAGCCAGCCUUGUUGAUGCAAUAAAGAGAUUACUCCAGCCCAGGGGGAAAGCAAUGGUAUUCGCCCCACGCCGAGGGACCACUUUAAACCAGUUUUGCAAUCUAGCUGAAAAAGCUGGUUUCUCUAUCCAAAGACAUGAAAAUUAUGAUGAACACAUUUCAAACUUCCACUCCAAGUUGCAAAAGGAAAACCAGGAUAUAUAUGAUGAAAACCUUCAUUACCCACUUCUUCUUAUUUUAAACAAAAGUGGAUAGAAGAUUUAGCUGCUCAAAAGAUGAAGAAAAUACUGAGUUCCCAGGGGACAUUUGACAAAAACAGAAAUCUGGAAUGGGUACAACAUGCAGCAAGCCAUUGAUUGGCUCCCUGAGACUCUCCGGCCCCCCGGGACUUGGGCCCCCACCACCUUUGAGACAUUCCACAUGUGGGUUAUGGAGCCCCCAGUCCUCACCCGCACUACUCCCCAGCCGCCCCUAACCCCGCUUUUUUUCAGUCUGUUUGUUGCUCUUCCUGCACCAAACCUUUGUCUGUCUUUAAAUAUCUGUAAACAGCCUGUCUGAGAUUUGAAUUGGACUUGUGAGCAACCUACAAAUGUUUACCUCUAGUUGAGGCAAAAUUUCUUUUUGUGACCACCACAAAAAUAUCUUGGUCUUUGUUCCAUUUUUGGUGGCAGUAGUUUUUAAUCUGUAAAACAGCAAAAUGACAAUUCUAUCCUGGUUAGUAAAAAUAAAGCAUACAUCAUUCUGAUCUCCCUUAAAUUAAUAGUGUGAAAGCUGCCCUCUCUUUCUCUACCUCCCUCGCUCAUUCUUCUUUU